UAGAUUUAGAAAAAAGCAAAUCAAAGGUUGCAAAAGAAAGAAUAGACAACAUUAUUUAAAAAAAAAAAUAUGAAGAAAACUUCAUGCCCAUACAGUAUAUAAAACAUAGAAUAUAUGUUUUAGCUGUUUCCCACUGCUUUCAUGAAAAAACUAUCUUCCCUAGUUUUUUCUUUAAUUCGGUAUUCGAUAUUCAUAUUAUUAAGAGGCAAUUUGGUGCAUUAAAACUUUCGUUCUAUGUAAGAUUCAGGAAAGGAUCUCACUACAAAGGCCUUAUCAAGUUUGCUGUCCUGUUUAAUCAGAUAGGAAUCAGAGCACAGAAAUAAAUUGAGCAUCAAGUGUUCUGGUUAGGUCUAUGAUUUUGGAGAAAGUGGGAUUCACAUAAUGGAUUAACAAAAAGGAUGUUGGCUUGUCAUGAUUUUGCAUCAAAGAUUUUGAUUUUGCACAAAGUUUUUCUCCCUUGCAGCUGAUCAGAAGUUGGAGUGAAGUUUGAUUGCUAAUGGAUCGAAAGGAUACUUCGGGAUUCGUAAGCGGGGGUGGGAUGUGCUCUUGUAGACACAUCUAACCCUAGUUUACCACUUAACUUUUCUUAAGCCCGGAAGUCAGGCUGACUGUUCUUUUUCAUUUGAGACUUGGUUCAAAUAGAAGUUUUUGUACUAGCUAUUAGCGUAUGGAUCCCAAAUUUCGCUAUGUGGGGUUUACUGUGAACCCUCAGUUUAAUGCAUUCAAGAAUCUGGGAAAAUCCUUCACAGUUGGUGGUGGUGAUUCUGCUGAUACCACCUUACGUCUUGAUUCGAUUGGCUCGUCAUUUCCUUCCGUCCCUGCUCCAAAAGGAAUCAAACGGAAAUGGAGUUCAAUUGGUGGAUUUAACGAUCAGCAAAUUAGUUCAUCUUUGUGUCUACGGUUAGGCCAUUCGUCAAGUUCCUCGGAUAGCAAGGGGAGCUCAGGCGCCGCGUGCACUUCAAUGUCUUCAGCAAGAGAAAAUGAUGAAGAGUCCUUGAUGGACCUGGACUUGGACUUCAGUCUCCAUCUUGGCAAUGAGAAAAUUCCAAGUUCUAGAAAAUCUGCUCACCCUGAGUCCAAAAAACUUGCCAAAGGGCUUGCAGUUGAUCUAGAACUUAGCCUCUCUAGUGGUGCUGCUGAAUCUGAUGUCACUACUGUGCAUUUGCUUUCCACUUCACCACAUAGUAUCAUGAAGGCGCCGCAAGCGACAGCUGGGGCUUUUCACACUGAUGAAAUAUCAACAGCUAUACAUUGGAAGACUAGCAACAUUUUCCAUCCAUUACAAACUCCACAUGCAACUGAGGCUAGUUACUUAUUGAACCAGACUGCAACAGAAAUCAAGCAAACUCCAGUCUCCCCCGAUCUGUCUACAAGUAUCAUCACAAAUUCAAAAAGCUCAGUCACCUGCACUUCCGGGUUAGCCAAACAGCAGCAGCAGCGUAACAGUAGUACUAAACAGUGUCAGUUCAAGGGAUGUGUAAAAGGAGCAAGAGGUGCUUCUGGGCUUUGCAUUGCCCACGGUGGGGGCCGCAGAUGCCAGAAACCAGGUUGUCACAAGGGAGCCGAGGGUCGGACUGCAUUCUGCAAAGCCCAUGGGGGUGGUCGUCGAUGUGAAUUCCUAGGUUGUACAAAGAGCGCGGAAGGACGCACCAACUUUUGCAUUGCCCAUGGGGGUGGGCGCCGUUGCAGUCAAGAAGGAUGCAGCCGUGCUGCCAGAGGGAAGUCCGGGUUAUGCAUUCGACAUGGUGGGGGCAAGAGAUGCCAGCAAGAGGGCUGCACCAAAAGUGCAGAAGGACUCUCUGGCCUCUGCAUUUCACAUGGAGGUGGUCGUCGCUGUCAGUACCCCCAGUGCACCAAAGGGGCACAAGGAAGUACAAUGUUUUGCAAGGCCCACGGUGGUGGUAAGCGCUGCACCUUUGAAGGGUGUAAUAAGGGAGCAGAGGGGAGCACACCUUUCUGUAAGGGUCAUGGUGGUGGGAAAAGAUGUUCGUUCCAAGGAGGUGGCCUCUGCCCCAAGAGUGUUCAUGGUGGGACACUCUUCUGCGUGGCCCAUGGUGGUGGCAAGAGGUGUGCUGUGCCGGAGUGUACCAGGAGUGCAAGGGGAAGAACUGAUUUUUGUGUACGCCAUGGUGGUGGAAAAAGAUGCAAAGUUGAAGGCUGUGGAAAAAGUGCUCAGGGAAGCACUGAUUUCUGCAAAGCCCACGGCGGUGGAAAGAGAUGCUCCUGGGGUCAGCCUGAUUCUGUAUUUGGCCAAGGUGAUGGUCCUUGUAACUCAUUUGCUAGAGGAAAGACUGGACUUUGUGCAUCUCAUGGUGCUCUCGUGCAAGACAAACGCGUUCAUGGUGGUGCCACUCUUGGUUCUAUGGUCCUGGAUGUAGCGCCAAACCAACCCGAGAAGAUGAAGGGGGUUGCCAACAUGGAAGACAUCUGUUUUGAUGUCACGAAAAUGCAUAGUAGUGGUAUGACAUCCGGUGAUGGAUCUGACAUAAAAUAUCCUGGAUUUAACCAACCCAAUAUUCCAGUUGCAGGCAGCUCAUCAUCAUCAGUUUCUGAAGGAAGGGUGCAUGGAGGAAGCUUGAUGGCAUUGCUAGCUGGUGGUUCUGGCCGUACCUCAAACAGCAGCAAGGGGGCAGUUACCGAGCCAGGGAGUUCAUUCGUAGUUACCAAGAACUGGAUGUAAGAUGUAUAGCCAAAAUCUGUUUCUCAAUUUGGUUGCAGGCCUUCAGCGUUCCACCUCUAUGUUUGUCUCCUUUUCAUUUUAGUUUCGUCGCUCUUUCUUAUGUCAAGUGGGUUUGAACUAGUACUUUUUUACUGUUAAAAUUGUGUCCGUGUCAAUAAGGGGAAGCCCUACUAGGGUCAAAAUUAGCAUUGUGAGGUUCGGUCAUUGGUAUUUGUACAUAGCUUUUUUUCUUGUAGCAUUUGGUCUUUGUGAAUAUCUCAUGGGAGUAUGUGAGCUUGUGAUAGUACGUACACCUUUUAGUAGCUUUGGUAUUUGCUAUUC